GGCCAGCUCGGGGAGGGGGCGGCCGGCGGAGACGGCGCGUCUGCGGAGGUGAUGAUCCUCGAGCGCGCGGUGAGGGGCCUGGUGGGACUGUAUCAGGCGGUGCCGCAACGCGAGGGGCUGCGGUCGUCUAUCCAGGAGGCCCUGGCGGCGCUGGAACACGCGCGUUUGCUGCUGUGCUUCGCCUUCGACGAGGACGGCGACGCCGCAGCGAGGCGCGCCGCGGACACCUGCAAUUCGGCAGCGUGGAGCGCAGGGCAUGCUGGCGUCGCACUGGCUGGGAGCGCGCUCUGCCGCGGCGAGCUCGGAGGGGUCGCAGGGGCCAGAGACGCCCUCGGUGCCGUGCUGCGGACCUUCUGGGAGGGCCCUGCCCCUCUGCUGCCGUCCGGCGGGGGCGCCGCCUUCCCGGAGAGCUUGGGCCACGGCCUCAACGAGCUGGACGACUUCGUGCAGGGCCUGCCAGUGGACCUCGCGGGCAUGCCCUUCGCUCUGUUCUACCCCGCGCAGCUGUCCGGCGGGCUCUGCGCCUUCGAGGGGCACGCGGGGCCGCUCUUCGACGGAGACCUCGUGCGGGACGCGUCGGGCCGGCGCAGCCACGAGCCGUGGCUCGACGUGACGAACACCUUCACGCAGCACUUGAGCGCCACGUCGCUGCUGCGCACGCUGCAUCUGCAGGGCUUCCCCCUCUCGAGGACCGUGCUCAACUACGGCGCCUUCGACGUGCUCUGCGCGCCCGGCCCGCAGUACGACCCCGCCAACUGCCUGCUGGCGGACGUCGCCAAGGUCAGGGGCAGCGAUGGUGGAGGGGGGUAGGCUUAAGUCGGGCCUG